UUUUACUCCUGAAAACAGCGAAACCCACACACGAGUGAAGUCCCAUACUCCCACACCUUGUCUAAAUUCUCUCACGAAAACCCUCGCGCAGUGAGCGCAACGCUCUCAUGGCAUCACCUGCCCCUUCAACGAUGGAGGCAUUGAUCUUGCAGCUCCAUGACAUAGCCGCCGUGAAGUUUGGAAACUUCAAGCUGAAAUCUGGCAUCUUCUCCCCAAUAUACAUCGACCUCCGCCUCAUCGUCUCUUACCCUUCCCUCCUCCGCCAAAUUGCCCAAACCCUCGUCGCCACCCUUCCUACCUCCGCCCGCUAUGACGUUGUCUGCGGUGUUCCUUACACUGCCCUCCCCAUUGCCACUUGCAUUUCUGUGUCUUCUAAUAUUCCGAUGGUCAUGCGCCGCAAGGAGGUUAAGGACUAUGGGACGGCCAAAGUCAUUGAGGGAGCAUUUGAGCAGAAUCAAGUGUGCCUGAUUAUUGAAGAUCUAGUUACGAGCGGUGCAUCCGUGCUUGAGACGGCUGCACCUCUCCGCGCUGUGGGGAUGAAAGUAACCGACGCGGUUGUUAUGAUUGAUAGGGAACAAGGAGGGAGGGAGAACUUGGCAAAAAACGGGAUCACAUUGCACUCAAUGGUGAAGCUGAGUGAAAUGGUGAGGAUAUUGAAGGAGAAGGGGAGAGUUUCAGAGGAGACAGAGAAGAUGGUUAUGAAAUUUUUGGAUGAGAAUCGAAAGGUGACCGUACCAGCAGCAGCAGCAGCAGCUGAGAAGAAGGUCAGGGUUAGACUUCCAUAUCAAGAGAGGGCAAAGAUGGCAAAGAACCCAACAGGAAAGAAAUUGUUUGAGAUAAUGGUGCAGAAGGAGACUAACUUAUGCUUGGCUGCUGAUGUUGCCACCGGCGCUGAGUUGCUUGAUAUAGCAGACAAGGUUGGACCUGAGAUCUGCAUCUUAAAAACCCACGUGGAUAUAUUGCCUGAUUUCACCCCUGAUUUUGGAGCUAAACUCCGCUCGAUUGCAGAGAAACACAAUUUCUUAAUUUUUGAGGAUCGUAAGUUUGCUGACAUUGGUAACACAGUCACCAUGCAGUAUGAAGGGGGUAUAUUCCGUAUAUUAGACUGGGCAGAUAUAGUAAAUGCUCACAUAAUUUCUGGUCCAGGAAUUGUGGAUGGGCUAAAACUGAAGGGUUUAUCACGUGGCAGAGGGUUGUUACUGCUUGCCGAAAUGAGUUCAGCUGGUAACCUUGCUACCGGCGACUACACAGCUGCCGCUCUGAAAAUUGCUGAAGAUCAUUCGGAUUUUGUUAUUGGCUUCAUAUCUGUCAAUCCCGCUUCAUGGCCUAGUGGACCAGGAAACCCAUCACUUAUUCAUGCAACCCCUGGUGUUCAAAUGGUAAAAGGUGGAGAUGCACUGGGCCAACAAUACAACACUCCAAAUUCUGUCAUCUCAGAAAGAGGUAGUGACAUCAUUAUCGUUGGGCGUGGAAUUAUAAAGGCUGCAAACCCUGCAGAGACAGCUCGGGAAUAUCGGCUUCAAGGAUGGGAUGCAUAUUUGCUGAGUUGCAAGUAGAUAGUGGCAAUUCCUCCUAAUGCUUGCUUUCGUAAGGCGUCUCCUCCAGGUACUGAGAGGAGAGUUUCAUAAAUGGCUCUACCAUCAUGAGAGAAGCCUCCAAGUAGGUUGACUUGAUACUAUCAAACAACGAACACUAAUUUCCACCGUUUGAAUCUGGAAUUACUUGAGCUUGAUGGCUAUUUGCAAUUUUUUUCGUAUGCAUUGAAGGUGCGCUGUGGGUUGGGUCGGUCCAAGACAGGCACAGACCAACCCCAAAAAAGCCCGGCACAAGACCAGUCCACUAUUAUUCAUAGCUGGUCUUGGGCCUUUAAGUAGGCACCAAUUGGGUUCAUUUCUAAAUUUAGGCCCAGCUCAUGGAUCGGUCCGAUUGAGCCUGGACCAAGCAGUGUGUGACAUGCUUGAAUGAUGUGGCACGGACAUAAUAAAUAUAUUUAGAAGUAUAGAUAAUAAAUCCUAACCAAAUUUUUAUA